CUCUCCUACAGAAAAGAAAAAGAAAAAAAUGUCAUUAGAAGAGGCGUAACACGUCAGUCCGUCCCCAGGUUUGUGUUUCCUGGAGUGGCAGAAAGAGAUCAGUCCUAACCUGCCCAGCAGGAAUAACGGUCCCUUCCGACAACUCUUUGCGAGGCUUUUGACCAAUUUGUUCCUCCAACCCGCUGCAUCUUCCCCGCACCUUUUUUUUUUCCUUCCUCCACUCCGUGGCUUUUUCAUGCUUCUUCUUCUCUUCAUUGCUGGCCAAAACUACAACCAACCAAGACUUCUCAGAGUCUGCGUGCUGCUGAAUCAGGGAGUCGAGUCCAUGCGAACUGCCAUCUGAUCCACUCUUAUCAAUGAAGCAGCAGAUCAUGGCGGAUGGCCCCAGGUGUAAGAGGCGAAAACAAGCCAAUCCAAGAAGGAAAAACGUAGUGAACUAUGAGAAUGUAGUGGAAACGGGUUCAGAAACAGAUGAGGAGGACAAGCUCCGCAUUGCCGAAGAUGACGGGAUCAUUAGCACACUGGACCAGGAACCCAGCCCGGCGAGUGUGCCAAACCAUGAGUCUUCCCCACAUGUGAGCCAAGCACUGAUGCCGAGAGAGGAGGAGGAAGAUGAGAUGAGGGAUGGUGGAGUAGAUCACACCUGGCACAACAAUGAGAUCUUGCAAGCCUCUGUGGAUGUUUCGGAAGAAAUGAAGGAGGAGUUUGACACCAUGGGGCCUGAAGCUGCCAUUCAGACCACUGGAAACAAUGGAACAGUUAAGAAUGCAAAUUGCACAUCGGAUUUUGAAGAAUAUUUUGCCAAGAGAAAGCUGGAGGAAGGAGAUGGACACUCAGUCAGUAUAGCAGAGUACCUACGGCGCAGUGAUACAGCCAUUAUUUACCCAGAAGCCCCUGAGGAACUGUCUCGCCUUGGCACUCCAGAGGCCAAUGGGCAAGAAGAAAAUGACCUGCCACCUGGAACUCCAGAUGCAUUUGCCCAACUGCUGACCUGCCCCUACUGCGACCGGGGAUACAAGCGUUUGACAUCUCUGAAGGAGCACAUCAAGUACCGCCAUGAGAAGAACGAGGAGAACUUUCCUUGCCCUCUCUGUAACUACACAUUUGCCUACCGCACCCAGCUCGAGCGGCAUAUGGUGACGCACAAGCCGGGGACAGAUCAGCACCAAAUGCUGACCCAAGGAGCAGGCAAUCGUAAGUUCAAGUGCACAGAGUGUGGCAAGGCCUUCAAAUACAAACACCAUCUGAAGGAACACCUGCGAAUCCACAGUGGUGAAAAACCAUACGAGUGUCCAAAUUGCAAGAAGCGUUUCUCCCAUUCUGGCUCAUACAGUUCACACAUCAGCAGCAAGAAAUGUAUUGGCUUAAUCUCUGUAAACGGACGAAUGAGAAACAAUAUCAAGGCAGGUUCUUCUCCUAAUUCUGUAUCUUCUUCACCUACUAAUUCAGCCAUUACACAAUUGAGAAAUAAGCUGGAGAAUGGAAAACCACUUAGUAUGUCUGAGCAAUCAGGCUUACUGAAAAUCAAAACGGAACCACUAGAUUUCAAUGAAUAUAAAGUUCUGAUGGCAACCCACGGGUUCACUGGUGCUAGUCCUUUCAUGAAUGGUAGACUUGGUGCCACCAGUCCAAUAGGAGUUCAUGCUUCUACGCAAAGUCCAAUGCAGCACUUAGGGGUAGGGAUGGAAGCACCUUUACUUGGAUUCCCAGCAUUAGGCAGUAAUUUAAGUGAGGUGCAGAAAGUCCUACAGAUUGUGGACAAUACUGUUUCCAGGCAGAAAAUGGACUGUAGCGCUGAAGAGAUCUCCAAGCUGAAGGGUUAUCACAUGAAGGAUCCGUGUUCUCAGCCAGAGGAACAAGGUGUCACUUCUCCUGGUAUUCCACCUGUGGGUCUUCCCGUAGUCAGUCAUAAUGGUGCCACUAAAAGUAUCAUUGACUAUACUUUAGAAAAGGUCAACGAAGCCAAAGCUUGUCUCCAGAGCUUGACUACAGACUCGAGGAGGCAGCUCAACAAUAUUAAGAAAGAAAAGCUGCGCACCCUAAUAGAUUUGGUAACUGAAGAUAAAAUGAUAGACAACCAUAACAUACCCACUCCUUUUUCAUGCCAGUUCUGUAAAGAAAGCUUUCCUGGUCCCAUUCCCCUGCAUCAACAUGAACGUUAUCUAUGUAAAAUGAAUGAAGAAAUCAAGGCAGUCCUCCAACCUCAUGAAAACAUGGCUCCUAGCAAACCAGGAGUGUUUGUGGAUAAGCAAGCUCUCCUCUUAUCAUCAGUACUUUCUGAGAAAGGAAUGACUAGCCCCAUCAAUCCAUACAAGGACCAUAUGUCUGUACUUAAAGCGUAUUAUGCUAUGAAUAUGGAACCCAACUCUGAUGAACUACUGAAAAUUUCCAUUGCUGUUGGCCUUCCUCAGGAAUUCGUGAAGGAAUGGUUUGAACAAAGAAAAGUCUACCAGUACUCAAGUUCCAGGUCACCAUCGCUGGAAAGGGGUAGUGCAAAGGU